AUGGAUUCUCUGGCGGAAGGAGCGGCUGCCGUCAUAGUGCGCGUGAGCAACUUGCAAGGUGCCUUGCAGGAGUCUCUCUGCUACAUCGAGGUCACCCAUGAGGGAACAAGUUCAGGACAGACCCGCGUAACCAGCACGUGCGACGCCUCGCAGUCUUGGAGCCGCACCCUGACGCUGCCCCUGAACAGCCUCCAGCAGGGUCACCUUAAGGUGUCGGUGUGCCCCGGCGCCCCCCUCGACGAGGAGCGGCUGGCCGAGCUCGCCUUCGGGGGAAAGCUCCCGCCCGCGCCGUUGGGGUUCGUUAGCGUGCCCGUGGCGGACCUAGCGGGGCUUGAGCGAAGCCGACCCUUCACGCUGGAGGCGGAGGGAGGUUCACCCAUCGCGCGGGGUCCUCGCUCCAUUGACCUCGGGUUCACGGUGGUGGAAGACAGCGCCGCCAACGGCAGCGGGGACGGUGGGAAGGAGCCCGCACACUCUUCGGGAAUAUUUUCCACCUCCGACUUCUCCGUGGACCCGCCGCUGCCCGUGCACUCCUCCUCGUCCUCGACGCGGCGGUCUGAACCGCGGGCCCGCUCGAAAGGAGCGGGAGAAUUAAUCGGUGGUGGUGCGGGACCAUUUUUUGGGAGUGGCGGUGCGGUACAGCAGCAGGCGACAUCGCGCUCCCCACGCGCCUCCUACUACGGAGGGGUGGAGCGCGACGGCGGUAGUAGUAUCGCGUCUCGAUCCGGGACCAGCAGUGACAACGGCGGCGGUGGCCUUCUGCGAGUUAGCGGUGGCGGCCGCGUCGGUGCGGAACGGCAAGGGAUGCGGCACGCUGCCCCCGGGUUCGGUUCCUGGGAGAGGGCAACCGAUGACGAAAACGAUCACCGCCCUCCGUCGCAGGCCACGGACGACAGUCUUGAAGGAGGAGAUGAGAGCGAGGCUGAUGAUUUCGGCGUUGCCGCAGCCGUGCUGGUGCAAGACCUCGCCGCUAAGGAGAGGGCAAUGGGCGAGGACGAGAGCGGCAACGAUGGCAGCAGCUUGAGGAGGGCUUCUUCCGGGGUCUCUUCGUCGAGCAGCAGCAGCAGCAGCAGCAGCAACUCCGACUUCUCCUCGGCGUACCCUGUCAACUCCUCCGCGGGCGGCGAUCUGGGGGGGGGUGCGAUGGACACGCCCAGGCGGGAGGCCGCCGCCGUGAGGCUGCAGGCCACCGUCGCUGCGACCGUGGCGGAAGUGGCGGCGGAGACUUACGAUGGCGGCUCCCUGCGGAGCGGGUUUUUCAACUCUUUGGACGACGAUGACGACGACGAUCAGAGCAGUCAUAUCGGGGGCUUGCCGAUGUCGGGGUCAAGAUCCCCCCGGGAGGCCGCUGUGAUCCCGAGGUCUGGUCGCCGGGAGCCCGACACCGACACCGAAAGCCAUCGCCACGGAAACCCUCCGACUCCCCCGGCGGGUAGCACGAGCAGCGAAGGGUUUUUUGCCGGGGGGUUGCCGCUGGCAGGGUCUAGGUCUCCGCCGCCCCUCGCCGCCGGCCGAGGCGCUCCCGGUCGCCGGGACCCCUCCUCCUCCGACGCGGACUCCUCCGGCGUGCCGUCGUCGUUGCUGCCGCUGUCCGCUGGCAACAGAUCGUCGCCCAGGCCGGGGGGAGGGCGGCUGAGGCGGCGGCAGCGACGGCAGCCCGAGGAGCAGGGGCCGGUUCCCGCACCUGCUGGUGUGAUCGGUACUACGGCGGGUACGAACGGCGACGGUUCGUCGAGCGGUCCCCUGGAGGCGUUAUCUUCCUCCCCCCGUGCGCCACGCCCGGCCGGCGGCGGCGGCGAAGGAGGAAGGCGCCAGCGGGACGAGGCAGCAGAAGACACGCUAUCGCGCAACCGGUCCUCGGAGGUGUCCUGGUGGGAGCACGAGAACUCUACCGGCGACGAGGGAGGGUCGGGCGGCGGUGGGAGGCGGGAGGGUGCGGCGGCGGGGGUCGGCAGGGGACGGGAGCCGCUCCGGAACAGGCAGCAGCGGCGCCAGGUACCCCGCCGCCGACAGCCCAAGGCUGCGGCAGCCGCGGUUGUCCCCGCCAGGAAUAACGCCUCCUCCUCCUCCCGCCGGGGCGGCGCCAAGAAUAUGAAGCAGAGGCCGCCGGUGUGGCGAACCGUGUCCGGGGGUCGGUGGGCCGGGGGGACGCAGACGGUUGUUGCGGCGGCGGCGGCGGCGGCGGCGGCGGCUCCUCCAGCGAAGGCGGCGGAGGAGGAAGCCCCGGUGGUGCCCGGCUUGCGAGCCACUCACUUCGCGCCCGGGUUCGUAGGCGUCGCCUGGCCGGACCCUUUCGAGGAGCCGGCGGCCGUGCGGCAGCUGAACGCCGCGCGGGAGCGGGUACUGACGAAGAUCGAGGAGGCUUCGGCGCGCAAGAUUGCGGAGGUCGAGGAGAGGGCUCGGCGAGCCAGGCGCGAGAGGGCGGAGAAGCAAAAGCGCAGAAACACCAUGCUGGAGAAGAAAGUCCGGGGAGAGAUCAAGGACGCCAUGGAAGAACAGGAGCGGCGGCUACGGCGGCAGCUCGAGGCCGCGCAACGGCGACAAGCCGCUGCCGCUGCCGCUGCCGCUGCCGCCGCUGCCGCUGCCGCCAGGUCUCCCCCCGCCGCCGGAGGAACAGCAACAACGGGGGCCGCAACGAUAGGCGCAGCCGCUCGGGAGCGUGCCGAGGCUGUCCGGAGAAGGCGGGCCAUGCUAGAGGCCGACGAGGCUCGAGCCAAGAUCUACGCCUUCAAGCGGCGAGGGGAGCUCCGGACGCAGGCCUUGCUGCGCGGGUGCGCCCGCGGCGGGGCGGCGAGCGAGGAAGAUAUCGCGGCAGCUGCGGAGGCGUUUGAGGCGGCGGCGGGGGUGGGGGCGGGGGCGGGAGUUAAGGUCGCGAAGGGGGCGGUGAUAGCCGGCGGUACCCCUAGGCCGAGGUUUGAGUCGUGGAACGAGCUGCGCCGAUCCAAGGCCGAAGAGAUACGCCUCCAGGGAACCAUGGAAAAGGCUUUCAAGGCCCUGCACGGCGUCGCCGCUCGUCGCCGGGAGAACGCCGUGUACGCCCGGCGCGACCGCGCCCGCGAGAGCAACGCCCGGGCGGAGGAAGGUCACGGGCGCGCUCGCAAGCGCCUCCGCAUGCAGGCGGAGACGGCGGCGGCGAGGGCGGAGGCUCGCGCGAAGGAGGCGGCGGAGGCCGCUGCCGCGGAGGCGGAGGAGGAGGAGGAGGACAGAGCAGUAGCGCGGCGGCUCGAACACCUCGACAGGGUGGCGGCGAGGCUGGAGGAGGCCGGGGCGGAGAUCGAGGCCAACAUCGACCUCCUCGGCCUGGAGCACGGCCGCGCGCCCCGCCGCUCGGCAGCAGCAGCGAGCUACGGUGGUGGCAACGGGGGCCCUCCAGACAUCGUCUACCACGACGCCCGGUGGGGCUCUACGGGUCGAGAAGAAGAAGAAGACCACAGCAUCAGCCGCUUCGUCAACGGCGGGUGGCGGCGGCGGGCACGAAAGAGGAGAGACGGCGGCGGCAAUAGAGUCGGUUCCCCGGUGGCGUUACAGCGCCCCGCCCGCGGCCGGCCGAAGGCGCGCGGAGGAGGAGGAGGAGGAGGAGGGGUCGUCUCCCGCCGCCUUUCCGCGCCGACGGCCCGCCGGGGGGGGGGUCUGAGGCACAGGCGGCGAGGGGCAAGGGAGGAGGCGGCCGCCGCCACGGCCUUGAGCCACGCGCUGAUGACCUUCCUGCCGCGGCGGCGGCGGCGGAGGAGGAGGAGGAGGAACCUGGGCGGCGACCACGAGGUCUGGGCCGGGGACUCUCGUCUAGGAGGGGCGACGAUUAUCGCGACAGUGGCGGUGACAGCUACGGUUACGUUGAAGACAGGGAGAGAGAGGAGGUGGUGGCCGCGCGGUCCGGUGGGAGACGGGGGGCCGAAAGAACGGAAGAAGCAACGCGAACCAGAACAAGAAGGAGGGGCCGCGUCCGGUCUGAAUCUGGCUGUUCUUCCUCCUCCGAUGGCGGCCAUGACAACAGCAGUGGGGCCGGUUUGCUCGGGGAGAUCGCUAGGAGCAGAGAGCGGCACCGCGAGGACCACAGGGAGGCGAUGGAGUCGGUCUCGAGCGACGCGCUGCGGAUGCGCGCGAUCAAGGGACGACCUCUCCGAGGUGCUGCGGCGGCUGAGGGAAGGGGACGCUCAAUCGGCGGAGGCGGCGGCGGCGGCGGCGGCGGCGGGACAACCGCCACCGGCGAGUGUGGCCCAACGGGAGGAUAAGGGCGAGGAAGAGCUGGACGCGGCGUUUCAGAUCCGGCCAAGGGAACGGCAGCAGAAGAAGCCGGAGCAGAGGCCGGAUCUGACCGCCGCUUCCGCCGCCGCCGCCGAUCGGGGGCCCCGCGCUUCGUCUCGGCACCAGGUACCCGGUAGAUCGUCGGGGGCGUCGGCAGCGGCGGCUGGAACGACGGACGCCGCCUCCAUGUCCCUGCAGGUGUCGGCCCUGGACGAUCUUGAGGCUCGCAUCGCUUCCCUGGGCGGGCUGCUGAACUCUUUCUCUACGGAGGAGGACGGGGACGGUUCGCGGCAGCAGCAGCAGCGGCAGCGGCGGCGUGAGCACCGACCGGACGGUGUGUUUUCGUCUCCCGGUGGUACGGAGGAGGAGGAGGAGGAGCCGGGAGGGUUGCUCCCGCCGUCGCCGCCGCGGGGGCGGGAGCGGGGGCGGGAGCGGGGGCGGGAGCGGGAGCGGGAGCGGGAGCGGGAGCGGGAGCGGCCACGAUCGACGAGCCCGGUGCCGUUGACGCUGAUGCGUGUUCGAUCCCCGUGCUCGUCGUCGUCAUCGUCGUCUCCACGGUAUAGCGUUGGCGGCAGUCGGGAAGACGGCGGCAGCACCGGCGGCGGCGGCGGCAGCGGCGGUUUCUCGACCUCUGGGCCGUCGUCUCUUCUCGUGAGCUCUUCGUCGGGAGGAAGUUCCGGGGCCACUGCUGGUGCUGCUGCUGCUGCCGGCCGUAGCAGCAGCAUCGCGGACGAGACCGCCGGAUUGUCUAGCGCUGCCAACGACCUCGCCAGGGAGGUCGACGAGCUCCUGCGGGCGAGCGGUAGCGGGGCGCGUGGAGACAGCAGCGGUGCUAGCGGCAUGGCAACGGGCGACGCCUCCGGCCUUUGGAGAACCCGCGGCACCGGCCGCCCGUUGGGCACCGCUAUGGCGGAAGGCGAAGGGUUGGAAGAAAAGGCAGAAGCCAGCUCUUUGGGGUGGGGAGACCUGGAGGGGAUGGCAGAUAGGCUUGGGGCACUUGCUGCUGGCGGGAACAGCAGGGGGUCUACUGGUACAGGCGGGGGGGGGGCGGCGACCGGGGGCGGGUCGGGGUACAGCAGCGGUCGGGAGCUGGGUUCGAUUGCCAGCCGCGGAUAG